UGCCCGCAUGGUCGCCGUUAAAUAGCGUCUUGCGUGCGCGUGCGACCUUGGGCCCAAUACUGUGUUGCGGUCGUCGUAAUAAUAAUUGCGAAUAAUUAUUUUAUUUGUUCUAUAGACCAGUUAGUUAAUAGGUCUAUGAUUUCCAAUAAAAUAUUUCGAUUUCUCAUCAUUAAUCCGUUCGCACCACCACCACCAGCAGCGUGCCGUCAACCGUCCGGUGGAAUGAAGUUGACUCUAAUUGAAGUGACCUCUAUAUUUCCAUAAACUAUUACACGAUAACAUAUUGGUACAGUGCCGUCGUCAGUCGGGCAAGCAACUUGGGCAACUACCUCGGACUUUAAAAUAAAUUCUCGGAGGCCCAUAGUUAGAAUAGUUAGGUGCACGAAAACCGUUUAACGUUAGAACCUCGCAAAAGCUAGCAACGGCACUGAAUCGGUUUAUUAUGCGCAGUUCUCACUGGAUCUGCCCGACCGCGGUUAUUAACUCAGUAGCGGAAGAGUGGUGAUCGUGCAGUUAUCAGUUAUCAUCCGCGCGUGACUAAUACCCCCUUGCCCCGGGCGUUCUCGUCACACGCGCGUUUCCCAUGCCGAGGACGAACGCCGUCCAGCGUCCCUCAGUCUACUCGUUGGACGACGGAGUGUUGUUAUCUUAGCCGACGGAUAUUGCGGGAUUAUGACAUGUGCCCGUACGCUCGUUGCCCGAAAUGAACUCGUCACCUGCGGACAACGUAGACCUGGACCUGACCGUGUUCGACCCGCACACGCAGGCCGCCUUGAUCCGAGGUGGUUUUUUAGUACCAAAGAAUAUUUUAAAUUAUACAGAGACUCAAUUUAGAAAAAAAGUCAAUUUGACAGCAGCGGCUGCUCGUCAUGUUUUUAUCGAAGCAGCCAAAAUAAGCACUGCAAACGUCAAUCGUGAUAAAGAAGUUACAAAUCAAGUUAUUACUACUGGCUGUAAAAAAAUUGAUAAAGCUUUAGGUGGAGGCUUAUUCAAAUGUGGUAUCACAGAGAUCUCAGGUGAAAGUGGCUGUGGAAAAACACAAUUUUGCUUACAGAUUGCACUCACUGUUCAAUUACCAUUACCACUUAAAGGAGCAAAAUCUGGAGUUGCAUAUAUUUGUACCGAAGAUAGAUUUCCUUCAAGUAGAAUGCAACAAAUGAUAUCCAAUAUUCGUUUUAAAUAUCAAUGUGAUAACAACAAUGAUAUGAAUGAACUAUGUCAAACGGACUAUGGAGACAAUAUUCUGAUUACUCAUGUAGCAACUGUGGAAGACUUAAAAAAAUGCAUCCACGAGAUGCUUCCAAAAGCACUCCAACAUAGACCUUUAAAACUCAUAAUUAUUGACAGCAUCACAGCUGUAUUUCGUGGUGAAUACACCUUGAGUAAUGCUCCUCGCAGGUCAAGAGAUCUCAGAGAUGUAGCAUGUUAUCUACACAAGCUAUCAGUUGAAUAUGGAUUGUGGAUCAUAUGUGUUAAUCAGGUAACAUCAUCAAUGUUUGAUAUUGAAGGAAAGAAUUUAGUACCAUCAUUGGGCCUUUCGUGGGCCAAUUUGGUGACUACUAGACUUAUGAUGUCCAAAACACCAUGUUCCAGAUUCAUAGAAGUGAUAUUCAGCCCCCAUACGGCUUCAAAAAGAGUUCCUUUUGUAGUUACUGAACGAGGGAUUGAAUCCAUUAACUAAAAUACUUUUAAUUAAGUCAACAAAAGUAAUAUUUUUAUCUUAUUGUUUUUAAUGAUCAGUCAUGAUGUUUUUUU